GUUAUAAUGCAUUACAGAGUAGAAAGAGAGCUUCACUCUUCACACUCUCUCUCGAGCUUCUUUCUCUCAUUUCAAUGGCUGUUUCAGCAUUUAAAAUGUUGGGUUUCUUUGUUGGUCUCUCUUUAAUGGUGGGUCUGGUUAGUUCAGCCAACUUUGAUGAGCUCUUUCAACCAAGUUGGGCUGAAGAUCACUUGGCCUAUGAAGGAGAGCUUCUUAGGCUCAAACUUGAUAGUUAUUCUGGUGCUGGAUUUCAAUCUAAAAGCAAGUAUAUGUUUGGGAAAGUCACAGUACAAAUUAAGCUUGUAGAGGGUGACUCUGCCGGAACUGUUACUGCUUUCUAUAUGUCAUCCGAAGGUACAAAUCACAAUGAGUUUGAUUUCGAGUUCCUUGGCAACACCACAGGGGAACCUUACUUGGUUCAAACCAAUGUGUAUGUUAAUGGUGUGGGUAAUAGAGAACAAAGAUUGAGCCUUUGGUUUGACCCUACUAAGGAUUUCCACUCUUACUCCAUCUUUUGGAACCAGCGCCAUGUUGUGUUUCUAGUGGAUGAUACCCCAAUUAGAUUGCACACCAAUAUGGAAAACAAAGGGAUUCCCUUUCCGAGGGACCAAGCUAUGGGCGUAUACAGCUCAAUAUGGAAUGCAGACGAUUGGGCUACACAAGGUGGCCGUGUCAAGACUGAUUGGAGCCACGCACCCUUCGUCGCCUCCUACAAAGGAUUUGAAAUCAAUGCAUGUGAGUGUCCAGCAUCGAUAGCAGCAGACGAUAACGCUAAGAAAUGUAGCAGUAGUGGUGAGAAGAGGUAUUGGUGGGAUGAGCCAACAUUGUCUGCGCUCAAUGUGCACCAGAGCCAUCAGCUUCUGUGGGUUAGGGCUAACCACAUGACAUAUGACUACUGCAGUGACACUGCUAGGUUCCCAGUCACUCCUCUGGAGUGUGUGCACCAUCGUCACCAGUAAUGUUAGUAAGGGUUUUAUGGUCAUGGAGGAAAGGGGGGAGUGCUUGGGGGGGUACUAUUGUAAAAAAGAAAUGGGAGAAGAAUGGAAUCAAAGUCGCAUCAACAUGUACUCCAUGUUUGAUAUUUUGUUCAUGUAGUCCUCUUUCAGAUUGUAAUAUAGUGUGAAAGAUAAAUAUGAUUUGUUCUUUCUUCUAUUGUAA